AUGGCCAAAGGGACGACAAUCUCAGCUCUUGUUCAAUCUCCCAAUGGCGGAGGCCCGCCGCUGGUCUCGCGAGACCGGCCCAUGCCGCAAAUCAGAGAGCCCCACGAUGUCCUCGUCAAGGUUUCUGCUGUUGCGUUGAACCCAACUGACUACAAGAUGCCAGACUACCAUCCCGUACCCAAUGCCAUUAUGGGCUGUGACUUCAUGGGCACCAUCGUCGCGGCUGGCCCUGGAGUCGACAGCACAUGUGUCGGGAUGCGAGUUUGUGGUCCCAUGCACGGCUCAAAUCCUGGCAACCCAGACUCUGGAGCGUUUGCUGAAUACCUUAUCCAAGAUAGACGCCUUCUUGUUCGGGUGCCAGACUCAUGGAGUGACCUAGAAGGGGCAGCUCUUGGAGGAGUCGGAUGGGCGACUGUGGCACUAGCUAUGGAGGACUCCCUUCUUUUGACAGGCACUCCAUCAAAACCUGCUCCCUUGCGGUCUGACGGGACUCGCGUACCUGUUUUGGUAUAUGGUGGUGCCACAGCCACCGGCACUAUGGCUUGCCAAUUGCUAUCGAGUGCUGGCUACGACCCCAUCGCAACCUGCUCCCCAGCUUCCGCGGCUCUUGUGAAGAAGUAUGGGGCGGCUUCCACAACACCUUACUCUUCGCCGACAUGCGGUGAGACAAUUCGCGAUGCAACAAAUGGCUCCAUCCGAGCUGCGAUCGAUUGCAUCACCACACCAGAAUCGGUGAAAUGUUGCUUCACAGCUCUAGGUCGCGCUGGAGCGAGGUAUGCAUCCCUCGAACAUGCUCCCGAUGAGUGGAGAACGAGAAAAGCAGUCAAAAUGGAUAUGCCAAUGACAUAUGUGGUCAUGGGCCGCGAGGUCAAGCUUGAUGGAGUUUACCACCGUGAUGCGGACCAGUCCAAAUUUGACCUGGGAGCCAGGUGGGCGCUUGAAGUUCAGACUUUGGUAGACGAGGGACGUCUGAAAUGCCACCCGGCACGUGAAGUUCCCGGUGGUUGGCAAGGAGUGAUUCAAGGUCUUGAGAUGUUGAAGUCAGGCCAGGUUAGGGGGCAGAAGCUUGUAGUAAAGGAGCAAAUUUACGUUCAGGGUUUCCUCACCACAUUAUGUGAUACGAUUCCUGGGGGCGUCUCUGUUGACGGCCUGAGAGGAAUCUCCCAAACACAAUCCAUCGCACUUCGUGACGUAUAUCGAGUCUCGUCCUUACCUGUCAGCUUCGGCUCAAUUCCUUCAGCCCUAUUCGGUGGCUUUCUUGUUCGGUCAUGUACAUUCGGCUUGAUCACAUCAUAUAAUCGACUGCAUCAUGUUCACAUGCCUGUCCCCUGGAAUCUUCAUGUUGGACAGGAGGAGUAUCGUCAUCUAGUAGCCAGGGCCCCAGGAAACUCUCAAGUUUUCUUCUCCUCACUAUUUUCACUUCAUACUUUCGAUCAACUCAACUUCAUAUCAUCCGCGAGGAUGGCAACAGAAGCGGCCGGGGCCACCGGGCCGGCUUCCACAAACGGCGCAUCGGAGAAGCUCGCUCAGCCCGCGACGGCUUCCGGUGUGAACUUUCCGUGGAGCAACAAAGAUGGCAUUUGGCGUCGUCAAUUGGGCUCUAUGGAGUCUUUCUACCAGAGCUUGGCGUCUCCCGAAGGCUAUCCGGUCCACUGGAUGAUCGGCUGCAGCGUGACACUUCAGAACCAAGACGAGAGCAUUGACAAGGAAGGCUCGAUCCGCAGAGCUUGGAAGAUCGUAGCGAAGGACUUUCCCUGCGCUGGUGCUGUUGUGGAUUCAGCUUCACGUGAGAUCGUAGUUGGCGAAGAUGCCAUCACAGAUGAAUGGCUGCAAAAGAGCUUCCUAGUUCACGACGGAACAACCGCCGAUGAACUCUUCUCUGCGUUCAAGAGCCAAUUCCACAUCACGCUCCAUUAUGUUCGAGACUCCAACCAACUUCUACUCCAGUCACCUCACACUCUUAUUGACGGGCGAGGAAUGUUGUACUUGUAUCACGCCCUGUUCACGACACUGGCAGCUCUGCCAGAUGACAACUCUCAGACGCAUCACGAGACAUCUGGAGCACCAAACCUUUCUAAGCCGUACGACGACUGGUUGGGGGUCUCGGCUACACCAUCAGAGAAGAACUUUGCCGAUGCGCAGUCCAUCUUCCAGCGUGUUUUGCAACAAGAGAAACCUAUUCGACUACCUGGAGUUGACUUCACAACUACCCCGCAAAGACCAGUCCAUAGAGACCUCGAGGUAGACGAGGAGACAUCCUCUACAAUCAUCAGUGCGUGCAAGGAAAAGGGGGUCAGCGUUACUUCAGCUUGGCACGCUGCACUUGCUUUGACAACGCAGAAACUCCAGUCGGAAGCUGGUGAAGACGGUUCAUCCUACGUUCAGUUCACCACCAUUGACCUGCGUCGCCAUUUCCCCUCCUCUUUCGUCCCGUACAAGCACUCGAUCGGGUCGCUUCAAACCGCCUUGCCUCUCGCAGCGGACCUCAGCAAGGACAGCACUUUUGAUGCUCUCAGCAAGUCCCUACACCAGCAGUACAAGGCGCCUUUUGCUUUCGCCGACAAUGAUUUUGGGUACCUGACCCCUUACAUGGCGAUGUCGCGACAGAUCCUUGAGAGCGGCGGCGUGCUACCGAGCAGCACGCCGUCUUUGUCCAGCAUGGGAGUUGUUGACGAUUAUCUGCAACGCCAGUAUGGAGCUUGGGAGGUGUCCAACUUUUGGGUGAGCUCCACGAUGAUGACUGGUGAUUUCCAGAUGUAUUUGUGGACUUUCCGGGGGAAGCUCACCUUUAGUGUGUGCUACAAUGAGGCAUUUUACAGCGUGGAGAAGGUCGAUCGUGUCGCUAGGCGAUGCGCCCAGAGCGGGCGCUAG